AGGUUGCUGGGAGUUGAGUAGCCAUGGCGACGGUGCGGCGCUGUGGCGCCGCUGCUCUGCUCCUGGUGCUCAGCGUGCGACUCUCGGCUGGGCAGAGCUUCUCCCUGCCUCUGCGCCAGCCGCAGGACUGCGGCGGUGCCCGUUACUUCGACAUCUCCAGCCUGGCGUGCGGCCAGUGCGGGCCACACCAGGAGCGGAGCGCCUGGGGUAUUUCAUGUGCGUGUCUACCAGGAUUCAAGAUGGUUUCUAAUAAUGGUGGACCUUCUGUUAUUUGUGAAAAAUGCCCAGAGAAUAUGAGUGGUGUUACUGAAGAUGGGUGGAGUUGUAUUACUUGUCCUAAAGGCUUAACUACAGAAGGAAAAUGUAAAUGCGCCAUUAAUGAAAUUUUAGUGGAAAGAGAUGUUAAUGGCAAGUUGUUGAAUGAAGCAUUGUGUAUACGCUGUGAUGCAAAUGAACCAUCAUUCUCUGCUUCAAAUGUCUUGGGAGAUAGGUGUAUAAGAUGUGAACAAACAUUCAUCAAUAUAACUGAGUCUUGUGACUGUUCGGACCCAAAUAUUUUGACUGGAGGGUUAUGCUUCAGUAACAGCAGAAACUUCCCCUCAAAGGCAGUUGCAACUGUACGUUAUGGACAGCUAGGUAUAACAGUGGUAUCAGCAUGGUUCCUGAAAAACCUACAAGCAUCAGCAGCUGCUUGUUGGCUGUACUCCAAUCUAACAUCGUGCCAAGCACUUGGAAAUAUGUGUGUGAUGAACAUGAACUCAUUAAGCUCUACCACUAGUGAUGCAUGUGGUCUGUUUCAGUAUGUCUAUGCAAAUACAGCAGGGCUAGGCACUGUUCAUUCAGUAUCCUUCUGGAGACAGAAUCUUCCAUGGCUGUACUAUGGUGACCAGCCAGGAUUAGCAUCUCAAGUACUUGAUACAACCCAGUUCCCUACAAGCUUCAGUUUUAAAGGAACAAACAAGAAUAUAAAACUGCAGCUUAUCGCAGCUUCAUAUGAUGCAGAGGGAAACUUUCUUAAAUGGCAAAAUUUGGAAGGAGGUGUCUUGCAGCUUUGUCCUGACACACUGACUAGGCUGAAUGCUGCUUAUAUUUUUGGAACAACUUAUCAACAAAGUGUAAGCAUGAAGUAAAAUUUUAUUUUGGA